AUGGCGCGUGUAGCAGUCGGUCUUGCGGCGCUGGUGCCCCUUGCCGCCGGGCAGAACGAUGCUCUGAUGGCCGACCUGGAAGCACUCCGAGCUGAAGUCCUUGCACAACGAGUUCUAAUUCAGGAGCAGCAGCAGCGCUACGAUUCCAUGGUCGAGGCUCGAAGGCUUCAGACGGUGAGCUACGUGAGCACCGCGACCUUCGACGCAGAGGUCGCGUCGCUGAAGAGCACGCAGUACAGCCUGGGCGGUGCGAUGGACUCCGCUUGGCUGUGCCUCUGCGGAUCUCUCGUCAUGUUCAUGCAUGCUGGCUUCGCAAUGUUGGAGACCGGCAGCUGCCGCGCAAAGAACGCAUCCAACGUUCUGAUGAAGAACUUGGUCAAUGUUACGGUGGGUACCUUGGGAUGGUGGGCCUUUGGCUGGGCUUUUGCCUAUGGCAGCCAGGGCGAGCCGGCUAACGGCUUCAUCGGGACGUCUGAGUUCUUUGGUGUGGGAUUGUAUACCAAAGUUGCGGAUACGGAUGUCAUCACGCCCCUGGCAUCUUGCGAUGCGGACGGAUGCCAGAGCAAGAUGCUGAGCUGGUUCUUCCAGUGGGCCUUCUGUACGGCCGGCGCGACCAUCGUGAGUGGUGGCGUGGCAGAGCGUGUGAAGAGCCCCACUUACGCUGUCUACGCUUUCUGCAUGACCAGCUUCAUUUACCCGGUUGUGGUCGCAUGGACGUGGGGUUACGGCUGGUUGGACUCAGUGCUGGACGUGGGCUACAUGGACUUCGCGGGCAGCGCCAUUGUGCACUUGACCGGCGGCGUGAGUGCUCUGGCAGGCACUGUCGUGCUCGGCCCGCGCAAGGGUCGCUUCGAGAACCCGGAGGAGUUCGAGUGCCACAACUUGCCCCUGGUGGUGUUGGGCACCUUUGCUCUCUGGUUCGGAUGGUACGGCUUCAACCCGGGCUCCACUCUGGGCAUGCACACGGGAGACACCGGGGCGAUGGCAGCACAAGUGGCGAUGAACACAACCCUGUCCGCCGCCACGGGUGGCAUCACGGUCUUCCUGCUACGCUAUGCCAUCAUGAAAAAGUACGACGUCGGCGGCCUCUGCAACGGCAUCUUGGCUGGCCUCGUGUCCAUCACCGCUGGCUGCGGCAAUGUGGAGUGCGGCAGCGCCUUCGCCAUCGGACUGCUUGGUGCCUUCGUGUACCAAGGCUCGUCCAUGCUCUUGCAGAAGCUGAAGAUCGACGACCCCGUGGAUGCCAGCCCGGUGCACGGCUUCUGCGGCAUCUGGGGUGCGCUGGCAGCCGGACUCUUUGACUGGGGCAAGGGCGUUGACCACUACCAUGGCUGGUCAGGCUUUGGUUGCAAGCCAGUGAGCGACACCGACUCGUCGUGCAUGACCGGCAUCGGUGGCACCGCCAUUGCCGCACAGCUCAUCAUGGUCCUCGUGAUCAUUUUGUGGGCUGGAGCCCUGUCGGGUUUGGCUUUCUUCGCCCUGAAGAUGACCGGACUGCUGCGCAUCGACGAGUACACGGAAGAGGUCGGCAUGGACGUCAAGCAGCACUCGCCACCGAAAGCCUACGCAAUUGGCGGCCCUGGCGCGGCAAGCCCAGCAGGGAACGAAGUUGAGAAGACAGUCUAG